GGGUCAAUAGGUUCGAAUCAUAGAUGGAUCAAAGGUUCAAACCAUAGAGGAAGGCCAGAGAAAAUCAUUCGUUGACCUCCCUUGUUGCGCGGUGGAUCGACAUAGCAGGCACAGAGCUGGCCACCGUUGAUUUCGUCGAUCGUACGGUAUAGCCUCUCUCACCAACGACUCGCAGUCCCAAGGUCUUCCCACUUAACUGGAUUGUAGGUUUUUGUGAGGAGUUUUCAAGAUGUAUCGUCUUACAAUCGGAGAUCUCCUGGACCGUUUCAAGAAAGGUACCCUGACGUGUGAAGGGUAUACUAAGCGGAUGAUCCAGCGGGCUGAGGACCUGAAGAUUUUCAACUACUUCGUCUCCAUGGAUACAGAGCGGAUGUUGCAGAAAGCCAAGGAGGCAGAUGCCAGGUAUCAGAGCAAGUCCAAUCGACCUCUUGAAGGUAUCCUAAUCGCCAUAAAGGAUAACAUCGACGUAGAAGGAGAGGCGACUGGAGCUUGUACUCCGGGUCUAGCUGGUCUCAAACCCAAGCACACAGCUGAAGUUGCUAAGAGGCUUUUUGAUGCAGGAGCAAUCCACGCUGGUAGGACCAACAUGCAUGAGCUAGCAUUUGGGGUGUCGACCAUCAAUACGUACACGGGAGAUAGUCACAAUUUUCACAACUUUGACUACAUUUGCGGGGGAAGUAGCGGUGGAAGUGGAGGGGCAGUCGCCGCUGAUAUCGUCCCCGUUGCCCUCGGUACUGACACCGGCGGAUCAAUCCGAAUUCCCUCUUCCUUCAAUGGUGUCUUCGGUCUGCGCACUACUAGCGGCCGUUGGCCGGCUGACUACGGUGUCAAGAUGUCGCAUGUGCGUGACUCAGUUGGACCCCUCACAAGGAGCGCCGAUGACAUCGCGAUCCUAGAUCACGUGAUGGCAGGGGAGGAACCUCUAGAUGACAUCACACCAGCAGAGAUUAGAAUUGGAGUAGCGAGACCGCACUUCUGGGAAGGUUUAGACCCUGCGGUCCAGGAAUAUGCGGAGAAAUUCUUGGCAGAACUUAAAGACAAAGGUUUUAUCAUCAUAGACGAAGGUGAAGUUCCAGGAGUUGCUGAGAUGGUUGAAAAAUACAUCAUGCCUACCAUCAACUAUGAGCUGCUUCCUCGACUGGAGGAGUAUAUGGAGCACCAUGGUCACAAGGUUACAGUCGAGGAUGUCUUCAACAAGAUAGCCUCACCAGAUGUCAAAGAGCUCUUCAAGGAUACAAUGAAGAACCCCGUCAGUCCUGAGCUUUACCAGGAAACGAUGGCAGCCAGAGACAAGCUUAGAGAGGACAUGAAGAAGUACUUCGAGGAUCACCAACUCGACUGUAUCCUCAUGCCUGCCAACAAGAUACCACCGCCGUUGAUCAGCGCAUUUGACACGGAUCCCACUCUGCUGAUGGCGGUCAUCCAAAACUUUGACUGCGGUAACAUUUGCAACAACCCAUCCCUUGUGAUUCCGGGUGGGCGUGUCAGAGGGAGUGGGGUGCCCUUUGGAAUGCAGAUUGAAGGCCUCACUGGGAAUGAUAGGCGUCUCAUCGCAGUUGCAAAGGCGAUCGAAAAAGCUCUUGAGCUGUAGAUUGUUUAACCUUAGAGAAAGGGCGCACGUCCCCCAUCACUUGCAGUGGCUGCGCCCAUCGCCUCGUUUUGGAUUAGCAUUGUGACGUAUCUCAUUAUACAUAAAUUAAGAAAGGCGUAUCAGCCACUCUACUCUCUGAUGUCGAUGUCUGACGGCGGAUGACGUAACAGACGCAUUGUAUACGUCACACCUUGGGACAACGCGCGUGUUAACCAGCGUAACAUUAGAAUCGUCGACCUGCACAAAAAUACAUCUUUACGCAUUUUAGAGAGAGUUGAAUCCACCACCAAAAUAUGUCUUUGUAGGACCCAAGCUGUCUCUCGACACAUCAUAAUUAUUAUUAGGCCUAGUCCAAACCCACCAAUAUACUUAUAAUGAAGAAGUUGGAACUGGCACAGCUGUGCAUAGCGUUCUUUGCUGUUGCAAUGGCCUUUCUGUUCACCAUUACUACGUAAGUUGCUCUUUUUUAAUCGUGCAAGACAUUGUUUCAUGCAUGCACACUAGACUAAAAAAUAGUCGCGAUAUGCUUUGUGCACCAAUUAUACUCUAGCAUUGUGACUUUUAUUGGCGCUCUAAGUUUGAAUAAUGUUGUUUAACUCUGCACGUGGUAGUUUUCUCUGUAUGAUCUGUGUGUUUCUCCCUAUUUACAAUCAUGCUAGACACUGGGAUUGAUUUCACGAAACACAUAUAAAGUAAUGUCUCUGCCGAAGCAAUUAUCUUUAAAGAGGGUUUGAUAUCUUUUGUAGAUCCUGUUUUUGGCCAUGACAAUGACAAGUAUUCACACUGUGAAUGAAGAGUAUGUAAUAAUUAUUUACUUGUAGAAAUUGUCAGCUUCAUUUUAGUCGUCAACGCUUUUGAGCAAAAGGGAAAUUUACAGAGCAACGUUUUCAGGCAUCUGAAAGCACACAAAGUGCGACAAGGGUGUUGUUUUAUGCAUGCAAAAUAUUGGAUAUCACCAAA